AUGAAGGUUGAAGUUGACUCGUUCUCCGGCUCGAAGAUCUACCCGGGCAGAGGUACUCUGUUUGUGAGAGGUGACUCGAAGGUGUUCAGAUUCCAAAACUCCAAGAGCGCCUCCCUUUUCCACCAAAGAAAGAACCCAAGAAGAAUCUCCUGGACUGUUUUGUUCAGAAGACACCACAAGAAGGGUAUCACUGAGGAAGUCACCAAGAAGAGAAGCAGAAAGACUGUCAAGCACCAAAGAGCUGUUGUCGGUGCUUCUCUCGAUUUGAUCAAAGAAAGACGUGCCUUGAAGCCAGAACAAAGAAAGGCCACCAGAGAAGUGGCUGCUCUCAAGGAGAAGCAAAAGAAGCAAGCUAGAAAGGAGAAGAAGAAGGCCGAGAAGGCUGCACAGGUUGCUACUGGUGCCAAGAUCUCUAAACAGCAGGCCAAGGGUGCUUUCCAGAAGGUCCAUGCUACUUCCCGUUAG